AUGGUGAUCUCGCAGCAACAGCUCAAGGCUUUUGGUGAUGACCAUUUUAGUUCUAGUAGGAUAGCCAGUUUUCGCAGUCUCAUGUUUCCCUCGGGUUCCACACAUAUUGGCUCUUCCCACUCUAAUGAAUCUGAUACCAAUGCCCAACCAUCAUGGGCGGAUUACUGCUCUACUUGCCAAACCGAAAUCUACCAUUAUUACACCAGUCUGGGAUGGAUACAUAAACCACAUUCAGCAGACUCUCAAUCCAUCAAGAAUGGUGUAUCUGAUACAAACGAGCAUUGUGAACAGGCAAUUUUAAAAGUCCCACCAAAUAGCACUUUCAAAAAACGAAGAGUUCAGAGCGAAGUCUUUCAAGCAGAUGCAGAGCUCGAAGAGCACACUGAUCAGCUACAGCAUACCACUCAUAGUGAUGAUUAUGACGAAUUGAAUGUGGAGCUUACUCCAGAAAUGAUUGAAAUGUUUCGGUUUUCAGAGGCAUUUCGUCGAGAAGUCAAACAAGAGCAAAAACAGGAACAGAUCCAAGCUCGCCAGGAGAAAGCCAGAGUAGAUUCAAAUGCCGAUAACAAGAUUGUGAUGAGAUCUGCUCUAGUUUCGACAGCCAUUGCAUCGUCCAAUACAGCACAUUCAUUUGGAAUUGCAACUCUGGAGCAUUAUCUACAAGCCAGAUUUGAUGUGGAUCUUUCAGAACGACAUCCAGUGCUAUGGCCAGUCCUUCCCAUAGACUUUUGA